AUGCCUAAACUCCUACAAAGCGUCGUCACUAUGAUCGAAAUAUUCUACCAAUAUGCCACCCAGGAUGAAGAGUGUCACAUGCUGAACAAGGCAAAAUUGAAAAAAUUUUUGGAAAAUGAAUUUCAUCCAAUUAUGAAGAAGCCAGACGGUCCAGACACUGUAGAUACCAUCAUGCAAAUUCUGGAUCGAGACCAUAACGAGAAAGUGGAUUUCAAUGAGUAUCUUCUGAUGAUAUUCCAGCUGGCUCAGGCUUGUAAUAAAGUAAUUGGUAAAGAUUACUGCCAAGCUUCAGGGUCAAAACAAAGAGAUCAUAAUCACCAGCACCAAGAGGAACAUAGUGAAACAGAAGAGAAGAACAAUGGACAAGAAUCAUCUUCCAGCAAUUUAAGAUGGAGUGCAGGAUCAAAUGAGUCCUAUUCUAGGGGCUUCAGAGGAAGCAUUAAACAUAGGCCUCAAUCCAGCUCCAGAAGAAUGGGGCAUCAAGAGGGUUUGUCUAGUUUGCAGCACAGGCAAAGUUCUGGGGAAAGAUGGAGAGAGUCAAGUUCAGGCCACUUUAAGGAUAAUAAGAAAAAUAAGCAUGGCUCUCAUCAGCAAGAAGGGUCUAGGAGUGAAGAAGUCAGUCCUCUCAACAGAGAUGGCAUGAAUCAAAUGCAGGAUCUCAAUCAGGAAACUGUGAAGAACAAGGAUACUGUUCUAGUUCAAGUGGGCUAUGGACAACAUGGUUCUACUUCAGGACAGUCAUCAAGCUUUGGACAUCAUGGAACUAGCUCAGGUCAGUCUUCUAGCUGUGGCCAACAUGGGUCAGGAUCAGGCCAGUCUUCCAGCUAUGAAAAACAUGGGUCUGAAUCUGGUCAAUCCUCUGGCUAUGGCCAACACAGGUCUGGCUCAAGUCAAUCUUCUAGCCAUAGUCAUUAUGGGUCUCGAUCAGGUCAGUCUUCUAGGUAUGGACAACACAGAUCUGGUUCUGGUCAGUCUUCCAGCUUUGGGCAACAUGGGUCUGGCUUAGGUCAAUCCUCUGGUUAUGGACAACACAGUUCUACUUCAGGACAGUCAUCAAGUCAUCAUGGAACUAGCUCAGGUCAGUCUUCCUGCUCUGGUCAACACGGGUCUGGCUCAGGUCAAUCUCCUAGCUAUGGCCAACAUGGGUCAGGAAUAGGCCAGUCUUCCAGCUAUGAACAUGGGUCUGAAUCAGGUCAAACCUCAGGCUAUGGCCAACACAGGUCUGGCUCAAGUCAAUCUUCUAGCCAUAGCCAUUAUGGGUCUCGAUCAGGUCAAUCUUCUGGCUAUGGACAACACAGAUCUGGUUCUGGUCAGUCUUCCAGCUUUGGUCAUCAUGGAACUAGCUCAGGUCAGUCUUCCUGCUCUGGUCAACACGGGUCUGGCUCAGGUCAAUCUCCUAGCUAUGGCCAACAUGGGUCAGGAAUAGGCCAGUCUUCCAGCUAUGAAAAACAUGGGUCUGAAUCAGGUCAAUCCUCAGGCUAUGGUCAACACAGGUCUGGCUCAAGUCAAUCUUCUAGCCAUAAGCAACAUGGGUCUGGCUUUGGGCAAUCCUCUAGCUAUGGACAACAUGGUUCUACUUCAGGACAGUCAUCAAGCUUUGGACAUCAUGGAACUAGCUCAGGUCUGGCUCAAGUCAAUCUUCUAGCCAUAGCCAUUAUGGGUCUCGAUCAGGUCAAUCUUCUGGCUAUGGACAACACAGAUCUGGUUCUGGUCAGUCUUCCAGCUUUGGGCAACAUGGCUCUGGCUUAG